CCAGGGUGCAGUCCCGGUUUCGAAGCGGAUUGUGAUUCAUCCUUGCUCUCUGAGAGAGCGCGGUUGCUUUGAGGCCGGAACUCAGGGCACAAGAGCGAGGCAUUCGGACGCAGCUGUUCCUCGCGCCUCAACACCGCCCCCGCUUCCUUCCACAGAGGCUCCGGCCGAGUCGCGCUUGGAAUUCAGGCCUGGCGCAGGCGCCCGUGGUCCCGCCUCUCGCCGGGGCGGGGUUCCUGCAGGCCCGCCUCGAUUUCUUUGUUCGGCAGCUGGGCGGUGUGGAAGCGGCGAGGGUCUCCCAGCUCCGCGGCGGAGGGCGAUUUCUUCCCCAGCUAGAGCCGUCGCUGCCGGGUGCCGGCCGUGCCUUGACUCCUCUCCCUGCGCGUUGCCUGAGGUCGCCAUGUCGCUGGACGCGGGUUUCUCGAGCGAGGAGCUGCUGAUCCUCCGCUUUCCGUUGCAUCGCGCCUGCCGCGACGGAGACGUGCCCGCCCUGUGCGCUCUGCUUCAGAGCGCGUCCCGCGACAGCCUGGCAGCCGAGGACUCCUUCUACGGGUGGACGCCCAUCCACUGGGCCGCGCAUUUCGGAAAGCUGGAAUGUCUAAUGCAGUUAGUGAGAGCUGGAGCAACAGUAAAUGCCUGUACAACACGUUUUGCGCAAACACCAGCCCAUAUUGCUGCUUUUGGAGGACAUCCUCAGUGUCUCAUCUGGUUAAUUCAGUCAGGGGCCAACAUAAACAAGCAGGAUUAUGUUGGUGAAACUCCUAUUCACAAAGCAGCCCGAUCUGGUAGUAUGGAAUCCAUAACUGCCCUUGUGGCUCAUGGAGCUCAAAUAGACUUAAGAAAUGCCAGUGGCCUGACAGCAGCAGAUCUUGCACAUACCCAGGGCUUCCAGGAAUGUGCUCAGUUGCUCUUGAACCUCCAAAACUGCCCAUUGAACCAUUUCUAUAGCAAUGGCAUCUUAAAUGGGGUCCAUCAGAAUACUAGUCCAAGUUUCCUCAGUAGAGGGCCCAGUAGAAAACGAUCCUUUGAAGAUAUGGACAAUGUUGGAAUGAAGAAAGCUAGAACUGAAGAUCAAAGUUUUGAUGGCCUAAUACCAGUGACAAAUGGAGGAAAUGAAGAGGAUGCUGGCAAUAUGCAUGUUGAUAGAGAGUUUGCUCUUAUAUCAGAUAUGAAUUGCAGUAACUCCAUAUUGAAUGCAUUGGCAAAUGGGAAUAUCAUCAAUGGACAUUUGGACUUCACUUCCCCACCUCAACUCAAUGGAUUGAGUUCCAGGCGUGAAGAAUGCCUAACAUUGAUAGUACCUAACGCACUAAUCUCUGGUCAUAAGCAUAUAAUCAGUGAUGGCCAUAGUGUUGAAGAACCAGAAAAAGUUCUAAAUGCUUCUGAUAUGUGUGGUUCUUUGCAUCUGAAUGGAAGCCCGAGUAGUCUGGUUUCAAAUAGGCCCUCGUGGUUGGAUGACCUUGGAGAUACAUUGCACUAUGGACAUUUCCAUGGUUUUGGGGAUACUGCUGAAAGUAUUCCUGAACUUAACAGUGUUGUUGAGCAUUCCAAUUCGAUUAAAGUUGCACAAAAAUACGAUAAUACUGUCUUAGGUACAAUGUAUCUUUAUCAUGGUUCCUAAAUUAUUAAUGCCACAUUUUCUGGAUGUUAACAUACUCUGAAAUAGUACUACAAACAAUGUACAGGGGGUGGGUGGUGGGUUGGUAUCACCUGAAAGAUGCAAGAUUUUUUUUUUACACAUUAUUAAAAGCAUUUGACACAACAGCCUUAUGCUUCUAAUUUUGCAUGUGUCGGGUUCAUUAGUUAUAUUAAUAGCUAAUUUUACAAUGGAAUGUUUGUUUUUUAUGACAAUGUCUAGUUUUAUAUUUUUUUAUUUGCUAUAAGAACUUUUAGAAUGUUUUCACUUUCAUUGAACCUUUUUAAAAACUAAACUUUGUGUAGAUUAGUUCAUUUUGAUAUUA